UAUGAGCUUUCUAGAAUGACCACAUCACUGAAAAUGUUGUGUUCACUUUGAAACAAGAACAAUUUACCAUCAUUAGAGGUUAGAACUUUCCCAGUCUUGUAGAAUCAAUAGUCUGGUAUGUGACAUGUCCCUUGGUAUGAUUCUAGUGUGCUGGACACGUGGUCGUGGAUGAAAGAGGUGGAGGACGAGCAGUACGACGUAGUGACGUGCCUCAACCUACUGGACCGCUGCGACACACCCAGGACCCUCAUCGAGGAUAUCCGCACCAAGCUGUCGACGCACGGGGCCCUUGUUGUGGCUCUCGUCCUCCCCUUCAGCCCCUAUGUUGAGAUUGGUACCAUAGACAACAUGCCGUCUGAGGAGCUGGGCGUUACGGGCACUGCCAUAGAGGAGCAGGUUAACAGUUUAGCCACAGACGUCUUCCCCAGCCUGGGAUACAAGCUGGAGCGGUGGUCGCGUCUUCCAUACUUGUGUGAAGGUGACCUCGACCAGGCCUUCUAUUGGCUGUCCGAUGUUGUUAUGGUGUUUAGCAAGGUCAAUGACUGGUCAGAGGUCAACGAGAAGACAAUAUCUGCCAAACAGACAACGGAAGAGAGUGAAGAUCAUUACGAUGACGCCCUUGACCAUGUCGUAUAGAGGAUCAGAUCAUAUCAAGAGAAGUGUUGAAAGACCAUAGUAUCUUAUAAAGAGAUGUCUUACUGAAUAUUUCACACUUCAAAUAAUGUAAUUUUAUAAAUAUAUUUUAUUAAGAUUUGUUCAUUUAUUCCUCUGUUGAAAGAUUGUUACUGUACUGGGAAAUAAAACUUACUUUUGGAUAUAUAAA